CCACCUGACUGAGUCAGCCGAAGACAACAACACGUCUCCACAGACAUGCACUGGCACAAACAGCCAAGCCACUAAUCAGCCUGGGAGCCAGCAGCGGAGAGGCCAGCCUCUGGCAGGGCCAGGGAGAGGGCAAGGAGCCACCCCGGAUCGCGCCGCAGCUGCCCCCGCUCCGGCUCCACGGAGUGGAGUGCUGUUUCUUCCUCCUGGGGUUUUUCCACUGCCCUAUCAAGUAACCAGGCCACUCCUGUCCCUCUGGGAAACUCCCGUCGCCAGCAACUCAGCUUUUUCGGCUCUCCUGGACACGCGGCCGAAGGUCCCCGCUGAGCAGAAACCCGGAGGCCUCUGCUUUUGCCAGCAAAGGCGGCCUCCCUGAUUCUCGCCGUUCACUGCUCCAGCGGGACCAGAUGGCCCCCAACUGCCCUUGAACCGGGCUUCUGAGGUACCAGGCUUGUCUGCUGGCUCCCCAGGGCCCCAUGGAGAUCUGGCGGAAAGGCUCCUUUCGCAGCGCCUCCUUCUUCAAGCGGCUGAGCCUGUGGCGGCCGCGGAGACUGCGGCGACAGGGCAGCAUGCUCAGCCAGGCCAGCACGGCUGGAGGGGACCACGAGGAGUACAGCAACCGAGAGGUCGUCCGGGAGCUGCGAGGGAGGCCAGAUGGCCGGCGCCUGCCACUGUGGGGGGACGAGCAGCCCCGGGCCACCCUGCUGGCCCCGCCCAAACCCCCUCGCCUCUACCGAGAAAGCUCCAGCUGCCCCAACAUCCCGGAGUCCUCGUCCACCUGUGCCGCAACCUAUUCUGCCACCCUGCCCUCCAUGUUCUCCCUGGCGGACGGCCUCCACCAAUACUCCGACGAGGACCUUUUGGACACGCCCCCCUUCCAGAGGACACCUGCUCCGGACGUCAGUGAUCCCUUCUUCUCCUUCAAAGUGGACCUGGGGAUUUCACUUCUUGAGGAAGUUCUACAGAUGCUGAGGGACCAAUUUCCCAAUGGAUUCUUAACCACCGCGCCACCAGGGAAGUCCCACGACGGAAUCUUCUACCUCCCCCCUCAACUCACAUUUACCAAGCCUCACUGUGGACCUGGCUACAAUGGCUCCUACAGGGAUGGCAGCCUCCAUUCAAGAACAUCACCCCAGGUCCUGGAGCCUUCCCACCUUCCAAGAGAAACCUGCUUGUGGCCCUGUUCCAGGCCAGCUGCUGUGACAAAUGCUUCUUUCAGGUCUCAGACUCACCACUUUGUUUUCUGUUCACUUUACUUACCUAAACUCUUCAGGUUUGUUUGUUUUUGAUGGAUGUACUGGGAUGGUAUAGGUACAUAAUAAAUAUAUGGAUGUGAAGCAGGCAAGAGGAAGGGGAGAAAAAUCGAGUAAAGAAUGCUUGGACCAAUCUUAUGGGGGUGAUGAAAAUGUUCUAAAAUUGAUUUAGAGUCAUAGUUGCACCAUUUGGUAAAUUUACUAAAAAUCACUGAAUUGUUCACUUGAAAUGGGUGGACGAUAUGAUAUACAAAAUAUAUGUUAAUAAAGUUGUUUUUUAAAAGACAAACGCCUGGAUCUCUUUGGAUCCUUCUGAGAGGAUUUCACAGAGUGAAAGCUCUGUGCAGAGCUGGGACGAAUGAAAAAGAUCCAAGACAGCAUGGCCAACAAGGACACUGACUGUACUCAUGUUGUGUGGGUUCAAAUCCUGGCUCCAGCAAGUUCUUAUCCUUUUGGUGCCUUAGCCUCUUUUGUCUAUAAAAAGUGGGUUUCAUAACACCCAGCUCCUUGGAUAGUUGUAAUAAUUAAAAGAGGCAGUAAAACAUCUGUCACCAGUGCUUAGCUAAUAGCACACCUAGUCACUGUUAUUAUUCCUAAGACUGUCCUUUAGGAGCCACCCCUGAGAACAGGGUUCUGCCCAGAGCCGGGGCCGCAAAGCUCUGAGUUGCUGGAACUGAAGCUGCAGGAGGAAAGGUGGGGGAGCUGCAGGAAAGCGGUCCAGGGAAACUGCAGGCUACCAGCACCACGAUGUC